CAACGAGGAAAACGUAACUCAGUUCAUAUACAUGCGGUAAACUGAGCACGAGGUCAGAAAUAUGUAUAUACUAACAAGAACACGUACAUUUCACGCGAAAGCCUAUAUACAAGGGUACUCCAGGGCGUGCACGCCCUGGAGGGGGGUUACGUUAAAACUAUUACUAUACAUUACUAUUAUUAUAGACGUAUCGCCUUAUAUAUAUACUCUAGUAUAAUUAAUUAUAUAAGCUUCUAAUAUAUAUAUAAGCUAAGAUGACCGAUAGAAUAAGAUAAAUCUAAAUACUUAUAUAGUAAGAGCGCUU